GCGACUUGACGCUUGCGUACUGAGGUUCGAACGCUGAUGCAAGAAAUUUUCGGCGCAGCGGUGUGGUACUGAUCGAAGGAUAGACAAGUAGCCAGAUUUCAGCUACUUAACAACCAGCAAACAUGUCAGGAGACGAGAUGAUUUUUGACCCAAACAUGACCAAGAAAAAGAAGAAGAAGAAGAAGCCCUUCAUGCUCGAUGAGGAUGGAGGAGAAGGAAUGGGAGGAGAGGAGGCAAAGGAGGUUGAGGCGAAGGAGGUAGAACCAGAAGCUGGAGAUGAGAGGGAUCUGGAUCUGGAUGAGGAUGAAGGAAGGAAGAAAGAACCCUCGGAUGAUUUGAACGACCUGAACUUCUUCAACCAAAAGAAAAAGAAGAAGAAACCUAAGAAAGUUUUUGAUAAUGAUGUAGAGGAAGGUUUAAAGGAGCUAAAAAUUGAAGGCGAGCAACCAGAAGCCUUGGAAGAGGACAAUCUGGAUUUAAUGCUUCCUGCCAAGAAGAAGAAGUCCAAGAAAGUGGACUUUGAUGAGGGAGAUGCAUUGGAGAAAGAUGAUGCUCUUGAGGAUGACGAGGGGAAGAACAACGAUGGAAUCUCUUUCAGCUCCUCUACAGGCCCAGCAUGGGCCGGCUCUGAACGAGACUACACUUAUGAUGAGCUCCUGAAUCGAGUCUUCAACAUCAUGAGAGAGAAGAACCCAGACAUGGUGGCUGGAGAGAAGAGGAAGUUUGUGAUGAAGCCUCCUCAGGUGGUCCGAGUGGGAACCAAGAAAACCUCCUUCGUCAACUUCACAGACAUCUGCAAACUGUUGCAUCGUCAGCCAAAACAUCUUCUUGCUUUCCUGUUGGCUGAGUUGGGAACAAGUGGGUCCAUAGAUGGAAAUAACCAGCUUGUGAUCAAAGGCAGAUUUCAACAGAAACAGAUAGAAAAUGUGUUGAGACGAUAUAUCAAGGAAUACGUGACGUGUCACACCUGCCGCUCUCCAGAAACCAUCCUGCAGAAGGACACUCGUCUCUAUUUCCUGCAGUGCGAGACGUGCCACUCCCGCUGCUCCGUCGCCAGCAUCAAGACCGGUUUCCAGGCUGUGACGGGCAAGAGAGCGCAGCUCCGCGCCAAAGCCAACUAAAGACAGCUGACACUGGGGUCGCCCUCCCUCUGCCGGCCCACCGCUUUCUCCACUGGACGGCCAGAACUGGGGUUGGGCGGCCUCUUGCUUUCGCUAAAAGGACUCUCUGAAUCGAACUGCGGGAGGGUUUGGCUGUUGUUUAGUUGUGUGGUGGCCUAACCAGUCAGGGAGUGAGAGAGUAUCUGAAGUUGACAGGCAGAUGGGGUUCAGGCACCGUAAACAGAUGAUGUGUACUACAUAACAUGUUGGAUGCAUUUGAUUUGUUGUCUGGCAGAUGAACCCUGCACCUCUUAGGUUUUUUUUUUUUCAUUUGCUGUGAUUCUUGAUUCCUGCAAGAAAACCCUGAAUUAACUUGGCUUGAAUCUUUUCUCAUUUUUUAUUGUCCCCACUUUCAAUUCACUACAUGAAUAUUUUGGGUCUCAAUUACAUUUUUCCAUCAUAGCAUUGAAUUGUAGUUGAGAUAAGAUGAUCUACGGUAAUAAUUACUGUACCUUUUUCUUGAGCACAGAGCUGCUUAAACUAUAGGUUAUGUCCCUGUUUUACAAAUUAGUGUCUCUUGCCUGUGUACAUACAGUGUCAUAGGAUGUUAUGAGUCCUGUUACUAGUCUCUAACAGGUUCCAGACACAGGACUCUUUGAUCUUGUAUUGUAUGGAAGAAGAUGAAGAGGCUGUGAGACAGAUUUUGCAAAUUUUACAGCGAAUUUGUGAAUGCUUUGGGGACACCAAUGAGCAUUUGUCUCCCCUCUUUCUUCCUUUAGUUUCUCAAGUAUAGAUCAGCAAAUUAUUUCCAAGACUGGAGAUCUAAGAUUUUGUUUUUGGGCUCAUGCUUGUUGAAAUCCCUUAAAAAGCCCAACUAACUAUAGUCUACAGAUACAUUUUUAAAACCAGCUUCUGAGCAGGCACCUCAGAUCUGACGCCAAACUUUUUUUUUUUUGUCUCCUUGAGCAAGUCAGGAAAUGAGUAACUGGAUACCUGAUACUGGUUGUGUACUUGUUUGAGAUCAAUGGAUUAGAAGGUCUGGCUGAAAUCCUUUUAAAACCUGGUUUUUACAAAAAUAAAAUAUUAACUCUCUCUCUCCA